GCAUAUACAAAGAAUAGGCUGCACGACGAUUUAGUUUCCUCCUUUACACAGCGUAUAUCUAAAUUUGAUAGACUGUGUUUAAACAUAAACACAAGUUAUGAUUAUUCUUAUCGUUUUCUGUCAUUUGGUGUUGGGUUGCCAAUUUUGUGUGCCAGUUGGAGCAGCAUGUAGCAGCAAUGUAUCGAGACAUCUCGAUGGUGAGAUAUUGAUUGGAGGAAUAUUUCCCAUUCACGAGCGAUCUGAGGUGAGUACCUCUUGGACGACAGGGCCGCCGAUGGUACAUUGUCUUGAUUUUUACACUCCUUACUACAUGGCGGCAGCUGCCGCUAGAUUUGCAGUGAUUGAGAUAAGAGACAAAAAGUACAUUGAUUUAGGAGACUUGGAACUUGGCUACUAUGAACAAGACUUUUGCAACUCCCCUGUGUCAGCGGUGGAGGCUACAUUAAACUUGACAAAUAAUUCUGAAGUGAAGGCGAUCGUAUCUGCUGCUUUGUCUAGUAGCAUGAUACACAUCGCCCCGAUAGUUGCGCACUACAGUAUUGCUACCAUUGCAUCGUAUGCGACCAGUGAAUUGCUAUCAGACACAAAUAUCUAUAGGACGCUUUUUCGGACAGUUCCUAGCGAUCAGUGGCAGUCACUGCUUCUGGCAAACAUGUCUGAGUGGUUUAAUUGGAAAUGGGUUGGUGCAGUCGCCACUGAUGAUGCGUACGGACGGAGCGGACUCCGGAUAUUUAUAAACGAACUCAAAGAUAAGAACAUGUGUGUUGCAUUUGAAACAUAUUUACCGGUUAAUGACAGUAAAGAACGGGAUAAAUUUCUAGACCAACUGGCAAAAUCAAAAGUCGAGGUUAUCUUCUUCUACACUACGGUUGACCUAAAUUUACAUGAUUUCUUCCAGACCGCUGACGACAAGGAAGUCUCACGUGAGUAUUCUUAG